AUGGAAUGGGCCGAUGACGUCGUCAACCGGCCGCGACGCCCCAAUGCAGGGAGUCGCCUGCAAGAACUGCUGGCGAAUGGCUUGGAUGAAGAAGAGGAGAAGGCGCUGCGGGCGCUGAGCGACGCCUCCUCCGACACAAGCUUCACCCUCAGUAGUGACGAGGAGACGGUGGACGAGGUUGAGAGCGACUUCGACGCCGAGGAGGUCGGUGGCACGCUGGAGGGGGAGGAUGUGGAAACGGAGGCCUUAGUGCGCCGUGCAGAGCGGCAGGAGCGGCAGCUGGAGCGCCGGAAGAAGCUACAGCGCUCACAGAACUUCUCCAAGGUGGCGGCGCGUGAUCGAGCGCAGCGACUGCAAAGCACGAAGAGGCAGGAGAAGCGACAGCGCGGUACGGACGAGGCCGACCGAGUUCCUCGACAGCGGCAGCCGCGCAAAGAUGGAGCCGUCCCUGAGAACGAUGACGAGGACAGGGAGGAAGAGGAUGACGAGGACGGGAGCGACGACGCCAUUGACCUGCGCCAGCGGGUGCGGCAUCGGCCAGUCCCCACAAUACCGUGCAGCCAGCGUCUAGCGGAGGCGCACGCGCGUGCCGCGGCGUUACGGGCCGCGCAGGCUGCCGCAGAAAUCCCAAGGGAUGGUAACGCUGAAGGCGGCAGCAUUAGCGGCGGCGCCGGCGUCAUGCACACCCAUCGGGGAUUUAACGUGUUAAAGACGCGGCAACGGGCUCGGCGUCGGCAGCACAACAGCAGCAGCACUACGGGGCAGUCUGCGUGGGAAGCGAGGGUGGCGCUGUCUGCACUAGUAGAGGGCACCAUGUCGGAGCCGAUGCCAGUGUGUGUGUCUCCACGCAUUGCACUCUACGAAGGCAUCCCGCAACGAGUGGGGUACAGCAGCGGGGCGUCCGUGCUUCAGUGCUUCCGCGUCCCCACUGUCGUAUCCUUUUCAACUGCACUGCCCCCAGUGCUGCAGCCCUGA